AUGGCAGCACCACCGCCUGACAUUUACCUCGCAGAAGGUUUCGACCCAAAUUCAUUGAGAGUACCCCAAUUACGAUCGAUCCUACUUGCUCAUGGACAAGGGUAUUCUUCGUCUGCUAAAAAGGCAGACUUGUUGCAAGCAUUCCAAGAACAUGUCUCAAGUCAAGCCCCCGCUCUCCGAGCAGCGGUUUCCAAUGUAAGACCUUCCGGCAAAGGCAUUGUAGCGGUCUCGGAUAAUGGAGAUGAAUCACCUGCUGUACCUGCUAAAAGACCAAGAGGAAGAUCAAGGAAGCCUACAACUGUCGAACCUGAAGAAGUAGCAAUAGUAAUUGAAGACGUUUCUGAACCAGCAACCAAGAAACCGAGAGCAUCAAGAGCUAGGAAAUCAGUUUCGAUCGAACCAGAACUGAAAAAGGCUAGUAAAGCUCGGACCAAUCAACCCACGAUUAACUUAGGAGAACCAGAUGACGGCGUGGAAGGUGAAGAUGAAGAUAACACUCCUGCUCCAAGGUCUACAAGAGGAAGGUCGUCUGUUCCUCCUUCAACUCCAGCUACCUCGACUUCAGCAGCCACGCGACGUCGAUCAGCUAUCGGUUCUUCGUCUUCUGCAACGACCGAACUUCGUACACCUAGUUUGGGACCAGAAAUCAAACCACCAAAAAGUGCCAGGAAGAGCGAAUCAGUCAAAGUCAUGGAUAAUGUGGCCGAAGAAAGCGAAAAGGAGGAGUCCCCAAAGAAGCCAAUCAAACCUAAAACACCUAGAAAGUCCGCGGGCGAAGAAUCCGGAUUCUCGGAUUUCAACCCUUUCCAAAGUGGAAGUGAAGAAGCCGCCGAAAGGGAAAGGAGGAGAAGAAGAAAGUCAUCUUUGGGAUUUGGAAGCGUCAAGAAGCCUUCUCAACCCAGAUUCUCAGAACCUGCCCCUCAGCAUGACACUCCCUCAACACCCGGUCUCAGACGUGUCGGACCGAGUAGAGAGAAUCUGCGAACUCCCCCAUCUGAUGUCAAGGCAGCUAUGAAGAGGGAAUUGGACGCAGCAGUUGAAUACAACAAUGCCGUCGAAGAUAAACUGAAUCAAAUCACUGUCAGAGAUGCUGAAGAACCUACAGAAAUAACUAUAGAGUCGCAUGUCGUGCCUGUUCAGACAAACUCUUUGGUGAGAAGGGUGGAAAGUCAAAUCGCGUCUGUGCCGGCCGCUCGAGCAACUAUACCACUUUCAGCAUUGUUCUUACUCCUAUUAUCGCUUGUCAUGAACUUCAAAUCUCAAUCUUCCUCUAUUGGUUUUUGUGAUUCAGCUUCCAACACAAACGAUCUCAUCCUCACUCGACAAAGCGCUUUCGACAAUGUCAAAGCAUGUAUCGCAAGAAAAGCCUCUCUUGAAUUGGACCACCAUGAGGCUGCUAAACAAAUCCAAUGUGACGUCUCUGCAUUGCCAUUAAUACCGUUUCUUCCCAGACCAACGGAAUGUACGCCCUGUCCGUUACAUGCGGAAUGUGCAGAUGGAGAAAUCGCCACUUGUAUUCCAGAGUACCUGCUCACUCCUCAUCCCUUAUCAUUCCUGGGACCAGUGCUGGACGGUCUUCCAGGUAUGGGGCCAAAAGCUCUUCCUCCCUCGUGUCGCCCUGACACAGCCAAGAAAAGAAUGAUUGGUGGACUUGCCAAAGAAUUGGAGAGAGAAUUGUCCAAAGGCAGAGGAUUAAUCAUCUGUGCUGGACUAGGCAAAGACGAUGGAAGGAAGGGUGAAGGCGAGAGAUACGGUGUAGAGGAGUCUGCUUUAAGGGACAGGUUUGCAGCUCGAAGAGAUCCUAAGUUUUCAAAAGAGCAAUUCGAUGAAAUUUUUGAAUCCGCCUUGAAAGACUUAGUGGAACACGAAGAUGUCAUCGAAUCAAUUGACUUACAAGCGAAACUGGAAGCAAAGGAUCUCUUGGAUAGAUGGAAGUCUCAACUAGGAUCUACUGCUGCUGUCAUUGCCGCUAUCAUGUAUCUCCAAUCAGAGGUCAAGAGGCGUAAAGCAGAAAAGUAUAGAGCAGAAGAAUUAGCUCAAGUUGCUUUGAAACGACUUCAACAUCAAGAACAAUCACAUUACAUCGAUCCUGCUCUUACUCCUAACCCUUUCAUUCCUCCAGAUCAAUUGAGGGACUUGGUAAUGCCUCCAAAAGGAUCGACCUCAUCCAGAUCGAGACUCUGGUCAAAAGUGCAAGAAUUAGUAGAAUCAAAUGCCAACAUAGCUGUAAGAGAGAGGGAGGUGAAGGGUGAAUUAUGGAAGACAUGGGAAUGGGCAGGUGCGAACCCAUCGGAAAAUAGACAUGUUACAUGGAAAGAAUGA